AUGGGUACGGUCGCACUUAGCCGAAAUCAACUGUUUUGCUUACUUGGGGGAUUCUACAAUUUCAGGGCUUCUGAUUAUAAGCUUGGAAUCAGACAAGAGUCGCUCUGCUACUUACUGUUAUGUCUUAUCGUCUUGGAAUUGUGGAAGGAGACUCUCCCAUUGCACUCGGGUUCUCUCAUUUACAAGUUAGAAGGACUAAAGUCGAGUUCUUGGUAUGAAGUGAAGAUAUCAUACCCUGCUUCUUUUUCGCUGCAACUAAUAAAGAAAGGUGACAGCUUGAAGCUAAACCAGAUGAGGAGGUUACUAAACACUGAGAAGUUGAUCUUCAAAGUGGAAAGUCUCGAAGAAACUAACAACAAGGGUGGAUUGUAUGUUUUACUGACUGUGGAACCAGAAGGGAUCGUGGCUAUACCUAAUUCAGAAGAAAGAUCUUUCGUCGUUCACAACAUAGGCAAGUUUGUGAAGAACAACUCAUGGGCAUACCUUACUCAAGCUGUUCAGUGGUUAUAUUAGUAGUUUUGUGUCUCGUGGUGGCAUUCAUAGUUCCCCGAUUUCUGCAAUCUUCUCUUCUUAUAAAGAGACAAGGUGCACGUUGUUUGACGUCACACAUGUUUCUUCUUGGUUAUAUUUACUUGUCCAUGUCUCAAUUCUGCUCUCACUGUUAGGUUCAUGAGAUCUUAAUUUUUUUUACUGACAAAGCUCUUCUAGGUAUCUAAAUCCUUCUUUUGUAUUGACUUCAAAUCAGUUAUUUGUACAAUCCAAAAUUGUCUUUUUCUUCUUUUGAUUCUUAAAUAUUUGGAGACUUUACUGCCCAAAAGUGUGAGAUCCACACUGCUCAAAGACUGUAUAUUUCUGAGAAAGAUUUCAAAUUUGGCUGUCGACUAUGUGCAUGAUAUAAAAUGCAAAGUCUUUUUUCCCUUUAGAUUUUUUCUUAAAUAAAGUAAAGGUGGCCCUGUGAAAAUGACUCUGAAUUAUGAGGAAGAUAUCAAAUUAGGCUGCUAUGACUUGCAUUUUGUGUGGAUGGUAAAAUCUCAAUCUUCUUUUUUUUUUUCCCUUUGUAUUUUUUUAAACUAAAAAAAAAAAUAUACAUGCAAUAAUGUCUUCACAUAUUUUAUUUUUUAAGAUUCCCACAUGUGUUACAGAAGUUAGAAUCCUUAACAAAAUUUUAAUUUGUUUUUAACAUUCCUUCGAUGUGUAUAUUCCAAAUUUUUAAAUCUGAACUGCAAUCUUUAUCCACUUUAAUUCCCUCAUAAUAAUACGCUACUUCAGGUAAAGAUGAUGAGUUUGCUAAAGUCAGAUUUGUGAACCUGUAUAAAUACUUGUGAACCUGUUUUCUCCUUCGUUCACUUCAAAGAGCAUCUUAAAAGUUGCUACAAUGGUGGAAAAGCAGAGGGUAUGUGUUACUGGUUCAGGAGGAUAUAUCGCUUCAUGGCUCGUCAAGUCUCUUCUCUCCCGUGGCUACACUGUCCAUGGAACCGUCCGAGAUCCUUGUGAUGAAAAGAACAAUCAUUUGAAGAAAUUGGAUUAUGCUUCAAAGAAUCUGAAGCUUUUCAAGGCAGAUUUGUAUGAUUACGAAGGUCUUUCUUCAGCCAUUUCUGGUUGCUCUGGCGUUUUCCAUAUCGCUGGUCGUGUGCCUUUUGAAGGGGUUCCUAUCACAGAGGCAAAACUGAUUAAACCAGCUCUCACUGGCACCAAAACCGUUCUAGAAGCAUGCGCAGAGGCUAAAGUGAAGAAAGUUGUGGUUGUAUCAUCAAUUUCUGCAGCUGUUUACAACCCAAAAUGGCCUAGAGAUGUUGCCAUGGACGAGGAUUCUUGGUCAGACACUCAAUACCUUCACUCACUUGAGGGUUAUUGGCCUUAUUACUAUCUUGCCAAAACAUUAAUGGAACGUGAAGCAUUAGAGUGGAGCAAGAAAAGCUUAGCUGAUGUUGUUACGGUCUUGCCCUCUGUCACGAUAGGCCCUAGGCUUCAAUCAACGCUUAACUCUAGUAGCUUGGGACUUCUCAAAUUCAUAAAAGGCGGUAUAAAGUCAUUGUUGAGUGAUCAACUGUAUCUUGUGGAUGUGCGUGAUGUUGCGGAUGCGCUUUUGUUGGUGUAUGAAAAUCCAGAAGCCAAAGGAAGAUACAUAUGCAAUUCUCAUUCACUUCACAACAAUUCUCUUGUUACGAAGGUGAAGAACAUGUAUCCUAACCGCAACUUCCCUGAAAGCUUCACUGAGAUAAAAGAGAAGGAGGUGAAUGGAGAGAUGAUGCUUCGACUAAGUUCAAAGAAGUUGCAGAAUUUGGGGUGGAAGUUUAGGCCAUUAGAAGAAACCAUUGAUGAUUCUGUUGUGAGCUUUGAAGUUGCUGGUGAUCUUCCAUAGUGAAAGAAGAUAGUCUUCUUCUUCACUUUGUUAUUUACUCUUUGAAAUAAAGUGAAUUUCAUGAAAAUGGUCUUUGGAAAAAUCAGACUUUUUGUUAUCACUUUCACAAUUAUAUGAAUAAUUUGAUGGAACAUUUUAGAUUCUCUUUUAUCUAAAAACAAAUAUGGUUUUUAGUGGAUUUGAAUUCAACCAC